CUGACAUGGAAGUUAUUUUUGUUGUGUGUCGUCCGAAAUUUUGUCUUUUAAAAUUGGUAAAUUUAUCGAAAUUAGCAACAAUAUUUGUUAAUUAAUAUAGGAAAAUCUUGAAGAAGCAUUGGUGCAUAAAACUAUCUCAAAUGUACAAAAAUCGAUUAAAGUGUUCUUUAAUUACAAAUACAACAAAAAUAACGUAACAAACGUACAUGAAUAAACUAAGAAGACAAGUAUAUAGAAAUAGCAGCAGUUAAUAUUAGCAGAAAUUGUACUGAAACGACCAACAUCGACUUAAAAAGCAAGUAAAUAUUCUCCACUAACGAAAAUAAAAAAUGUCCAGCAGUGAUCCCAAUGAGCAUGCCGCGAACAUCAGCAAUUUACAGGAGAGUUUUUCUAAACAACAGAAAAAGAUAUCGGCACUAAAGGAGCUUGUGCGGAAAUCUGAGGCAGCGCAUGGCAAAUCAACUUCAACUACUCAAGCAAAGGUUAAAAAUAUAGCACAAUGUCUGACAAACUUGAAAAAUAAAGCACGUUCGCGACAAAGCUUGCCCGCUUCCAAUUCCUCUACAGUGCAGGAAAAUGUCACCACUUUUGCGCCGAACGAAACAAUUGAACCGGUGUUGGAACAUUACCAUCAGCCAACACAACAACAAGGGCCGCCGCAAUUAACGCAUUCAUUUUCAUACGUCGAACAAAAUGUUGGUGUACCCUUACAGUACGCGCAGACUUCCACACCAAAUUUUACUCCACUGAAAUCACAGCAUCGCAGUGACUCUAGCAAAUCACUUACCAGCAGCACGAUGCAAGGCAGUGAAAAGGUGCAGCUUUUGCGUCAGCAAAUGGAACAAAACAAACUGUUGAUGGCUCAGCGUGCUUCCAGUAAACAACAUUUGGAGCAGCUUGUUUCACAAUUGAAAGAGAAAUUCGACACGACGCAACAAUGUUUGGAGGAUACCAAUGAAUUGGGCAAAUCAAUGAGUGAUCUCAGUGCAUUGAUGGUGCGCUCACCCACGUCACGUGAGCGACACAAAUCGGCCACGGAUUUGUCGUCACAACCAUUCUCUUUGGAGAGAGAACGCAUAAAGUUCCUUGAAAAUCGCUGCCGCCUACUGGAAAAGCAACUUGAAAAGGAGCGUCAAGUGCACGGCACUCAAGAGGCAACGACAGCCAACGAAUCGAAGAAACUCAAAGAACUGGAAAAUAAAGUGGUUGAAUUGGAGAAGUCACUGCAGGAGCGACAGAGUGAGAUUGAAAACAAAAUUGGUGAGACACAGCAGUUAGCAGAGGAAUUGGAACGUACGCGUUCGGAUGUUAGCGCCAAAGACGAGGAACUCUGUCUCAUGCGGCUGAAGCAAGGCGACACCAGCAACGAUUUUACCGAACUAGCCGAUUUGGAGAAUAACGAUAUUGAACGUCUCCGUAACGAAUUAGCCGACAAGCAUGUACGCAUUAAUGAAUUAGAGGAGAUAAACGAUAUGUUGGAGGCCAACAGGUGCGAACUAACAUUGAAAAAUAAUAAAUACGAAGAGCAAAUAGAGCAACUGAAACUGGAAUUGAAUGCGGCAAAUGAGAAAGUGCAGACCGUGGAAGAAGAGCUGAAGCGCAGUGAAGAGAAGUGCGCUUCUUUGGCAGAGGUGCUGGAGAAGUUACAGAACACCACAGAAGCUGUUGUGGUAGAAACUGGUAAACCCGUUAACAUAACCAGCGUGCAGGUUUCGGAGGAAAUGGCCAAACAGAUACAAGAACUACGUGAUGAAUGUGACAAACUCUUGGUGGAAAAUAGCCAGCUUAAGGAAACUAUUAGCGAACAAGAAAAGCUGGAAGUGUCCGACGCCAGUAUUGCGGAGAAGAUUGCGGCACUCGAAUCGACCAUUGAAAGUCAACGCGAAGACCUUAAGGAACGUCAAACCAAAAUGAGCCGCAUGGAAGAGGAAGUGAUGGAGAAAACAAUCGAAUUUAAUGUUUUGAAUGCCAACUUCAAGGUGCUGGAAGAAAAACUAGAAGCUGCCAGCAAGAGCAAAUCACUAUUCUCUUCCAUCGGUGGCGAGGCUGCGGACAAUCCAGCUUUAGAAGCAGAAAUACAACAAUUGAAGCAAAAACUGGAUGAAUCUAACAAAGCAAUGAUAAAACUCAAACUGAAAUGUAAACAAACCGAAAAGCAGGUGGAAAAACUGAAGAAAAGCUCCGAUCUCCACGCUGAAAAUGUGCGUUUGACGGCUUUGAGCGAGGAGUUGCAACAGAAGAUCACCGAGCUGGAAGAUGAAAAGGGACAGUGGCAAUUAACGCAAGUUGAUACUGCCGCCAAGACCACCGACGCGGAUAACACAGAAGAGCAAGAAGAACGCAUAGCUGAAUUUGAAGAGAACCUUAAGACACAAGUGGAGACCGUAAGAUUGCUUGAAGAGCAAAAAUACGAGCAAGCACAACGGCUGGAAGUGGCCGAGGAGAAAUUGCGCGAAUUGCAAGAGCAACUCGACAGCAGAGAUGGUGAGGAGACGAGGCGUGUCAAGUCGGAAAUGUCCGAAAUACAACUAGAGGAGAAAUUAGAAGAGCAAGCACAGCAAUUGCAGCAGCUCGAAGAACGUUUAGCAAAAGCACACGUCGAACUGGAAGAACAUAAACAAAAAGUGGCUGAACUGCAGGAGCAAAAGCAAGCGGCUGACAAGAAACUGGAGAAUUACAUGGUAGAAAAUAUGGAGCUAUUGGAUAAAAUUGAAAAACUCAGCAAGUCAUCCUCCUCGGCCGAAUCAAUUGAAAUUGUUGAGCGGUUAACGCAGCAGGAGCGCGCCGAAAUCGACGAAUACAACAAGCAGCAGCUUGAUGGCACUGCCGUCAACUCGGUCAAUGAGUUAACCCAAACCGAACUGGCGCCCGAACUGAGCGAUAGUCUGGUCAAAUUGCGUGAGGAAAGCUCUGAAUUAAUGAAUAAAAUCGAAUUAUUCACGACAGAACGACGCGAAGUGCUCGAACGCAUGGAACACCUGACAGCCGAAAAUCACGAACUUAUCGAAAAAGUCGAAGAACUAACACGUGAGAAGGAAGAUAUGGAAACAAACGUGCUGCUGGCGAAUGACGCGAAAAUCAAGCUUGAGGAGCGCAUCAAGGAGCUGAGUAAGGAAAAAGAUCAGCUGGCCGUGCAGGUGGCCGAAUUCAAGGUGCAAGGCAAUCAACUCUCACAAGAGCUCUCCUCGCUGCAAAAAUCCUCAGAGGUAGUGGCCGCACUCGACAGCAAAGAUGAUGCUGCGCUCAUUGCAAAAUGCGAGAAGUGUCUGACGAAUCUAAGUCACGAAUUGGAGAUCUACCGCAAAGCCAACGACAAGAAUGCCAAAUUUAACGCUUCCAAAAAAUUGGCGAAAGAAGCCAAGAAUGCGCACACACAACUCAGCGAACUCUUGCAGAAGGUGAAAGAGGCCAGUACAGCAGUGGAAACGGUAACGGUUGUAGAGACGGUGGUUGCAGUGACGGCGCCCAAUGGCAAAGCUUUGGCUGAAUACGAACAGCUGACGACACAGAACCGACUGCUGAAGGAGCGUAUCAAGGAACUGCAACACGAGCUGCAAGAGGCGCGGGAAGCUGAUGACGCAGACACUACUGCUGUGCCGGCGACGCAGACCGCGGCAGUGCCGGCGUUAACCGAGGAUCAAACAACUAAAGAGCAACGAGAAAAGCAAUUGGAGGAGCUCAAACAGUACGAAGAACAGUGUGUGGAGUUACAAUCGACGGUGGAAAAUCUACGCUUGCAGUUGGUGGAGGCGCGUACCGCGGGCGAAGAGCGCAGCGGCGAAAUAACACAGCUCAAUGAGGAAUUGGAAGCGCUGAGGAAGAGCUCAAGCGAGCUGGAAAGCUUAUUGAGUGAUAAGAAUUUGACGCAUGAGCAAGAGCUGAAGGAGCUGACGCGUUUAAGGAGGGAGUUGGAAGGAAAAUGCGACACCUACGAAGGCGAAAUGAACAUACUGCAAACCUUGGUCACGGAGCAAAAGCAACAGCUGAUAGAGGCUUACAAAGAGCACGAGCACGAAAACAAUAUGAAACUGCUCGAUUUGCAAGAACGCGACGAGCAAAUCCUGCAGCUGCGCGACGAAAUCAAAGAGCUUAAGCAUGCGCUCACCGCCGCAGGCGAUCAGUUGACCGAAGAUCUGCGCAAAGAAUGCGAAAAGUUGCGGGAAGCACUGAAGAUCAACAAAAAUCUUGUGACCGAGCAGGUGAAUGAGCUCUCGAAUAAGCAGGAAACAAUCGAAAUGCUCAAUCAACAAAUAAUCGACUUGUACAAAACCAUGGAGGAGAACGCCAAUAACAUCAUUGACAAGGAAGAUGAAAUCGCCAGCUUACAGGAGACCCUAGAUAGUAACAGCAAAGAGCUUGAACGCUUGCGCAAAGAUAAUGUGGAGCAGAAGACGGUCGUCGAUAAACUGUUGAUCGAGCUACACAGUCACCGCGCCACAGUCGAGCAACUGCCGCAGCUCGAAAGUGAGCUGCAGCGUUUGGAGGAUGAAACCAAAAAACUAGAUAGCAGCAAUAAAGAGCUGGAGAAACGCAACAAAGAUCAGCUCGAGAAACUUAAGAAGUACGCAGCUAACCUGAAGAAACGCGCUGCGCAAUGCCAAGAGCUCGAGGCCAAAGUGAGCCAGUUGGAGAAAGGCAGUUUGGAGGCAAUGCAGACCAAACAGCAGGACGCCGGCAAUGAUGAAGAACUCACUGACCACAUAAAGCAGCUGGAAAAUCAAAUCGAUGAACUAAAAACACAAGUUGCUGCCAAGACAGCUGAUGCAAACGCGGCAACAGAGUACAGUGAGCGGUUGAAAACCCAAUUGGAAGGAUUGGAGCGCAGCUUGGCGGAGAAGAAUAGUGAAAUCGUGCAGCUGCAAGUUGCGUUAGUCGACGCGCAGGAGCAGACCGCCGGUUGGGGCGACUCCGCGCUCGAUCUGGCGCACACGGACAAUGCAGAGAACGAGGAGCUGAAGAAAAAGUUGGAAGAGAAGACACACAAGCUGCAAGAGGCUGAAGCGGAAAUUUACAGCAUGCAAGAGGAGUUGAUACAAGUGCGCGAAAGUGAGCGUGAAAAGUUUUACGCCAUCAAAGAUAUACAAGAAGCGCUCCAGCAUAAGAGCGAGCUGGUGGCAGAGCUGCAGAGGCAAAUGCAGAGCCAUACGCAGGCAGAUGACAUCACGCAAACGCUAGAGGAUAAGGUGCAAACCUUCGAAGAACGUCUACAAACGCUGACUGAAGAGCUGAAAGCCAAAUCCAUUAAGUUCGAAAAGUCCAAAGCCGUCAUUAAGGAGCGCAACAAUCAGAUACAACGUCUGCAAGCGCAACUGAAAGAUCUGCAGGACAAGUUAAGCGCGCGCCCCGAAGAAGAGUACAUCGGACCGCCGCUAAAUGUCAGCGUGAGCGAAGCCACUGCAGCGCCAACGCAAGCACAAGUGCCUAAAGAUGCCUACGACGACUUGCAAGUGGCUUAUGAGAAGUUAAGCGAGCGUUUCGCGGCAGAGCAAAGUAGUUUCCAGGCAACCAUUGCACGGCUAGAAACACUACAUGAUGGCAUACAAGCUAAAUUGCAGGAGAAUAUGUCCUACAUAGAGACACUCGAGCAAGAUAAUACCGCUUAUAAAGAGAAAAUCUGUCGCCUUGAGGAGGGCAUCGCCACCUUCGAGGAGCGACGUGCCUCGAUGGAACGUCGGACGAAUCUUUUGUGCGCGCAAAUGCAGACACGCGAGACGGAGCACGAGCAGGCGGAAGAUGAGCUGUUAUAUCGCCUAAAUAUGCUAUCCGAGCACGACGAUGUCAUCGCACAACGGCUGCUGCAGGCGCAGGAAGAAAAGGACGAUCUGCAGGAGCGUAUCGAACGCAUGCAGGCCGAAUGCAGUCAGCUGAGCAACAACUACGCAAAAAUGGAGAAAGAAUAUCAAGCGUAUCGCACGCAAAACGAAACACAUGCCGCGGCGGAGACACAGCAGCUGCGCGAGCAGCUUACAGCGGCGCGCGCGGAAUUAGAACAGUUGCGUACCGCCUACGAGGCCAAGCUGGCGGUGAAGACCACCGAAUUGGACGAGUUGGAAAGCGAACUGAGCGAGCAACUAUCCAAAAUGAACAGCGAGAAACGCCUUGUAGCCGAAGAACUUGAGCGCGCACACGAUGCUUUGCGGGAGCUCAACAACAACUAUCUCAAAAUGGAAACGGAAUAUCGCACAUAUCGUGAGCAAAGCGAAGCGAACAGCGUAGCCGAUACACAACAGGUGCGCGAGCAACUCAGCGCGGCGCAAGCCGAAUUGGAGCAUUUGCGUGGCGAGUACGAUGCCAAAUUGGCCGUCAAAACAACGCAACUCGAUGAACUGGAGAGUGAGCUGAGCGAGCAAUUGGCACAAAUGAAUAACGACAAGCGCGCCACCGCCGAAGCGCUGGAGCGUGCGCAAGAUGAGUGCAAUGCGCAAAAAGAUGAAAUCGUGCGCUUGAAGGAGUCAUUGAACGCCUUGGAACAGGCUAAGCAGGAAUUGGAGCGCGAGGCGACAUGGCUGCGCUUGCAAAACGAGGGCAGCCAACAGGAUCAGUACGAGUUGCAAGAGCUGCGCAUGCAGGCGAUGCAGGACAAAACGGAAAUCGAUAAUUUGCGCCAUCAAAUCGAAACACUAGCGGGUAAUCACGAAGUGGAAUUGCAGGCGUUACGCACGCAAAUCUCAGAAUUGGAUACGCUUCGCAUGCAGGUUGGCCAAAACCAAACAGACGACCAGGUAUUCAUCGAAACGGAGAACAAACGUUUGACCGAUUUACUUGCCGAGAAAGAAGCUAUCAUCGAGAACUAUCAGCGUCAAAACUUACAGCUGCAAAUGGCAGCAGCUGCCGCCGCACAACAACCAGCUGCCACACAGCAGGAUCCACUUGCACUCGCUUUCGGUUUGCCACCACUAGGACAAUCAUCCACAAGUCACACGGCCCCACCAGCCGACGAAAACGCGCGCUUGCAACGUGAAUUGUUGGAAAAGACUGAACAGCUUGCGCGUCUUCAACACGAGCUAAAUGCGUUACAAUCUGAGUUGCAUAGUUCGCGCGACGGCAAUCAUGAGCUACAACGUCAGCUGGCAGCGAAGCAACAAGAAAUUGAGAAUCUGCGAAGCACCAGCUACAACAAUACACCAACCGCAGCUGCGGUCUUUGGGCAACAACCGCAACAAGAUGUCAUACCAGCGCCACUUUUCUUCAGUACCGAACAGGCGACACCAUCACCCUUCGACGAAAUCGUGCAAGUGCGAACCAUUGACAAUCUGGGCAGCGGCGCGCGCAGCCACAGCGUGAAUAAUCCAGUAAACACUGCAAUAGAACAGCCUACUAUUGAAGACCUCCAGCGCAACGUGUCCGAUUUGGAGAAACAUGCGCAAGAACUCGAAAACAAGUUGGCCACGCGUAAUCAACGCGAGUUGGAAAUUGAAGAGCGCUUACGCGAAACACAACAGUCGCUUAGCGAAUGCGAACGACAGCUGCGAGAACGCGCCGAAGAGCUGAAUGCAGCACGUGCUGAGCUGCAGCAAGUCUUUGCGGCAAAUGAAGCCCAUAAAGCAGCGGGUGCAGUUGCGCAUCAAGAACUUGAACAGUUAAGGGGCACAUUAGCAGCCUCGCAAACCGAAUUGGCUCAGCGCGAACACCAGCUGAAGCAGUUGGAAACGCGUUUGCAAGAGACGCGAGUGCACAGCGAUAGUCAGGCGGCGACCGACUUGAUGGGUCUUGGGCAGUUGCAAGGCAACUUAGAACAAUUGCAGACAAUGCUGCAACAGCGUGACGACGAAUUGAGCCAGCUACGACGUGCGCUUGAGGACGAGAAAACACUGAAGGAGCGCACCUCGGCGAUUGAGAGCCAGAUUAUACCAGACACGCUAGCGAAUUUGGGAAUAGUAGACGCGCCGAAUGCUGUGCCUACAUUGGAUAUGUUCUUCGGCGGUGCUAACAGUGGUGCUAACGACUUUGAGAAACUCGUCAUACCGCCGGUGUCCAACGUGCCUGUGGUGGAAGAAAUGAUUGUGCCCGAAAAGGCAUACAUUUGUCAACCAGACGGACAAACAGCGCAUAGUCAACAGGACGCGGUUGCAUUUGAUUUGGGUGAUGACUUUGGUGACGUGUGGGGCGCACAGGAAGCUGCUGCCGAAGAAGAGCACUUCUCCAAGACAGCGGCAGGUAGACUGGGUGCACCAGUGUCUCUGGUGCCGCGUGAGCAACAAUUAGAAAUUCAAUUGGCCGAACAGGCCGAACGCAUUGCCGAGCUGCAGCUAACCGUAGAGCGUUGCGAACAGCAAAGGCAAGAGCUACAAGUAAAAUCGGGCAAACUUAUGAAGAAACUCAAGGAGUAUAAGACAAAGAUCGACGAAUUGCAGAGCAGCGCAGGAAAGACCGCCAAAUCCGCAGAUGCCUCUGCGUCGUUCUUUGAUCUAGACGCCGCUAUACAAGACGAGCUUAAGGCACAAAUUAAACAACUGGAGAACACUUUGCAGGAGGAGCGUAAGCAACACGAAUUGCAUGGAGUUGAGAGGGAGAAGUUACUGAAACGCAUCGAUGUGCUGACCGCAGGCAGUGAGCGCAUGACCGAAAUGAAGGAGCGCCAAGAUAUGGAAGUGCAAAUGUACCAAGCGAGAAUAAAAGAAUUGCAAACGAAGGUGAAUCAGUUAGAAGAUUGGGGACCGGAUGCUGAGGCUGGUAAAGAAGCGACUUCAGAGGGACAACAGCUGCAGCAGCGGGAGGUAGCGCAGUCUACAGCGACUGUUGCCAGCGCACAUGGGGACUACGCCCCGCUCGCACCACCAUCUACAUGGGAAACAGAGAAGCAACAACUCAAUCAACGCAUUGCUGAGCUGACUGCCGAGAUAGCGGACAUCAAUGUCGACCGACAAGAACUCCAAGCGCUGUUGGAGGACGAAAAAGCAAAUGUGCAGCGCGCAGAAGAGGCACAGAAAAUAUUACAACAACAACUAAGCGCACGUGACAUCGAUUUUACAGCGACUGAAAGCGCAGAGAAGGCGAAAUACAAUGAACUGAAGGUGGACCAUCAUCAGCUGCAAGAGAAGUACAAUGUGCUGCACGCGACGUGCGAAGAGCAAACUGGUGAGUUGAAUCGAUUGAAGGCGCGCGAAGAGCAGUUAAAUGCGGCCUUACAACAAGCAGAACAGAAUUUGGCCACAACUUCAGCGACCAGUGCGCAGGAAGAAACACUGAAGGCGGCGCUUUCGAAGGCCGAAAGCAACUUAGAGCAAGCGAAUGCAGAGCUGUCGCGACUCGAGAGCGAUUUGACAACGGUGCAGUCACAAUUACUGGAGCUACAAGCAAAGAAUGCCGAGCUGUUGCAAGCGAAUGAGGAACUGCGACAGGCGAACACGUUGGCAGUGACCACACAACAAGCCGAAACAUCACAGUUAAGCGCAGAGAAUCAACAGCUACGCGCGCAAAAUGAAGCUUUGGAGCAGCGCGUACAAGUGUUGCAACACUUGAGUAAACAAGCAAGCGCUACAGUUUCGGUUGGCAGCUUGAGUGGCGCUGUCGAUGUAGACGAGCUGAAUGCGCAAUUACAAGAAAAGGAGUCGGAAAUAAUGCAUUUAAAGCAGCGCAUUGAGGAUUUGAUGCGUGAGGACCAAACGGAAAAGCUGGUGCUGGAAAUACUAACGAAGAAUCAAGAGAUACAUUUGCUGAAGAUGCAAGUGAAAAACUUGGAGGACGACAAGCAAGAGCUGGAGCACAAUCUCGCUGUGCAAAUCACCAGCGAAAUGCAGGCGAAGAAGAGCGACUUGGAUGGCGAAAGCGCGCAGCUGCGUGAGCGCACCACCCAACUGGAACAACAAUUGCAAGCGCUGCAAAGCGAAAAGCACGACAUGGAAGAGGAGCUGAAGGUGCUGAACAAUCACGUCAUGAGCAGUCUCGAAAAUGAAGACAAGCUGAAAGCAGCCGCGCUGCAGCUCGACACGCAAAACAUUGAAAUCGCCGAACUGCGACGCACAAUCGAGGCGCUCAGAGCGAACGGUAGUGCUGCCGCCGGAACCGGAGCCGGAGCGCCAACUGCGACCACGCCGGCCGAUUACGCCGCGUUGAAUGCGCAAUGGGAGGCGAUUGUCGAGCAGAAAUGCGGCGAAAUCGCCAAGAUGUGGCGCGAGCAUUUGGAACAGCGUGAAGCUGAAUUCAAAAUGACAGAGGCGCGCCUGCACGACGAAAUCGCCGCCGCUGCACAACGCCAGGCGCAGUCGCACGAGCAAGGCACACAGCCGGGCAACUCCGCUGAAACAACCGCUACGUCAACGCCCGCCUCCGUAUCGACUAGCCAAUCGGGCACAUCAUCCGGCACCGCCUCCAAAGACGGCACGCCACUACGUCACCGUAUCAUCAACGAAGAGCAUGAGUCGGAUGCUGACGCGAUAAUCGAGAAGAUGCAAGCGGCGCUCGAGAGUCAAGAGAUGGAAAUCGUCACGCUGAAGGAGCAGCUGGCCAUACGUUCGGCGGAGUAUGCGCGCUUAGCGGCACAAUAUGAUCCCUUCAAACUUCAAAACACCUCCUCACAUAGCGGCAUCAGUGGCGGCAUGCCGCCCGAAUCGCGACGCCCCGCCAAUACGCCCAGCGGCAACGACGCGACACUUGUGCCGAAAUCGGAAUUAGAUUUCGCGCUCUAUAUGCUGCAUCAGCGCGACAUGCGUUGCGAGGAGAUGACGGUGGAGCUGGUAUCACUGUUGGAGGAGCGUGACACACUGCAACUGAAAUUGUCGAAUACGCUGCGCCAAGUGGAGGCCAUCAAAGUGGCUACAAAUUAUGUCGAGCCUCCCACCGCGCCCGCCGAUAACGCCGCGCUUGCGUCACCAACUGCAGCCGCGUUCAGUCAACCACGCUCGGCUGCUGCCGCCGGCGACUCAGCCACUGAAUUGAGCCAAAAAUUGUCUCAGUUGCAAACCGUUAAUCAUUCCAAGGACAAGGUGAUUAAAGAGGAACGCGAUCAGCGCAUACGGCAAAUGGAAAAGAUACAACAGGACGUGGCCAAAAUGCCGCAGGCCGCUGUCUCCGAGUUAGUCGGCACCGAUGCAGCUCAAAGCGGCCAAUCACCGUCAUCUGUGCUGCUGAACUGGCUGUGGGGCAAUAAGCCCGAUGCUGGCGGUUCUGCGCCACAUUAAAGCAAUAAAUAUACAAUUAUAACAACAACACAUACCAGUCGUGACAAUAUACGAAUUUCAGCGAAAGCGUACCAAACACUGCUUCAAAACCGUUGUAAUCAUCACUCAGGCUGUAUUGCGUUCAGCGGGUGUUCACCGCUAUGCGCUGUUAUGCAUACAACAAGCGUACAUCUGUUGUUGUUGCCUCCAAUUUUAUUCCACGAUAAUACGAUAAAACCAAGUUUUAUAAAUGUACCUUAUUUUCGUUCGAUUUAAUACAUAUUUAACAAAACAACAAAAAAAUUCUGUAAAUAAUGCAGCUGAAUAUAUGAAAAAAGCUGUAGUUUUUUUUUUAAUAUUUUGAAAGCUUAUUUAAUAACUGCGCUAUUCAAAAAGUCAAGUAUAUACCUAAAACUAAUUUUCAUUCUGUAGUGUAAAAUGUAUGCAUAUGUAGUUGUAAAGAGGAAUUAAUUGAAAACUCUAUUUAGAAAAUUAUUGGAAUUAUGUUGAAUGAUAGUGAAGAAAUACAAAUUGUAACCAUA